GGAGGACUUCUAGGGUAGUGGGUCAGAAAUGUGGUGAGGAGUGUGUUCCUCCAUUGGCUAGGAAACAUCCCUGCGAUGCUGAAAGGUCUUCCAAUGAGCACUUAACCCUGUACCGCUGUGUCCCGAAAGUGGAAUGGCUGAAAUUGCUCUCCUGGGAGGGAGCAAGACUCGAGUUGAAGUUUGUUUGUUGUUGUUGCACCAGAAAUGAAACCUGGCACUUUCCCCGGGGACCCCUGGCUGCAGGGUCUCCAUUUAGGGUCCAAGCUAGCAGAAUGUGUUCACUAGGAUCAGUUUCUUAGACAGCAGGUCCAGAAGCACCUAUACCCACGUGUAUUGUAAAGCAGGUGUUCACUAGAUCCCCCUCCCCCCACAUGCACCUUGUAGGCAUUGUGUGCUGCUGCUUAAAUUAGCCCCCCUUCUCUAAUGCAGCGCAGAUUCCUGUGCGAUGAAACCCUCAGUCCUUUAUAUCUCUUGUAAAUCAGACAGCCGUUUCGCUUUACUCUGUCCUCCCUUGUUCUUCUGUCAUCCUGACAAGCUGAAGACUUUUCAAAUUACCUUCUUAUAAGCAACUGCAUCAACGUUUCUGAAGCUGUGCAGUGAGGGCUCUGGUUACACGUGAACUCCUGACCGUGAUUUUGAAAUGCUCCCUGUCCCCACGUGCACUUUUUUCCCGAGAUGCUUUUGUCCACGCCACCAAGCUCCCUUAUAGCCUUGGAGUUGUGUAUUUCUCUUCAUAUUUUACCUAGAUCAUGGGAUGGGGUAGGAUGGGGGAGGGGACAAAGUAUUAUCUCGUAAUCUUCAGGUUCGGGUUGUAGGGACCGUUGAGAGGGGAUUAGUUCCGCAUCCACAGUAAGGAUUAAAAGUGGGAGGACUUAAGACAAGGUAAUUAUUUCUGCCUCAUCUCCCUGCCAAAACCAUCCAUCUCCUGGCACCAUCGAGACGAGCAAUAGUAAACAGAGCAGGAGUCGCCAUAGGUAGAGUAGAGACUACGGCCAUAGCUGCAGGGCCGCUGUACCCAUAAAACACGAGCAGGGAGAUGGUGGCAGUGUACCAUAAGAUGAUGCUUUUAUAAGCUAGAGCUUUACUGAAGAUGUAUUUUCCAUUUGGGCAGCAAAAGGCAUUUUGCUGCCUUAUAGCGGAACUCUUAAGCCAACACUUCUGUAUGAUAUAUACAUAGAUAUGCAUUGGAAAAGUUGUGUUUAAUAAGAUAUUUUGUUAUAAAACAAAGUUUUAUGAAGAUAUGGUUGUUUAAUAUUAGAAGCCUAUUUCUCCCUUUGACCUCCUGUUUAAGUACAUCAUCCAUCGGUCGCCGCGUUGUCCGAAUUAGGCAACCAAUGCGGAUGCAAAGGAAUCUCUGAUCUAAUUCUACAGAGCAGUAAUUGCCUACAUGGAUAUGUUUAUGGCAUUGUAACUGGUAUUAGUGAGAUGCUGUAAUUACUGACCAGCUUGCUCAGCACAAUUAAAUGUCUCAGUUGCAGACAGGGAAAUAAACAAAGUCCAUUAAAGAACUAAAGGGGAUAUUGAAGAAGACCCAGCUGUAGGCUUGUAGGCUUGUUUCCCCGCUAAGAAUUACCCUUAUCCGCAUAGGGAGCAGUGCUGCCACGCUGGCUGGGAACCGCCAGUAAAUAAUGGCUUUAUUUAUGGUGGAACUGGUGGGAACUGGAAGAUGAACAAAGAGGAUCGCUUGUUGCUUGUGAUGUGGACACGCGCCGUGUAUCACCGGGGAUUUGGCAUCAACACCCAAACUGGCUCCUCGGUAUGAAUGUGUGCCUUGCCAUGUCAUUGAGGAAGGUUGUUCCUGGACGAUGUUCCCAGGCUGUUCAGGCAGCAGCAGAGCGUGCAUUAGGUGGAAACCAAAAGCAUCGGUUGGCUUCCCAAGGAGAAAGAGCCACGUCCAAAAGCCAGGAAUGACUGACACGUUUAUGUGAUGGACUUUGAAAAGUAGGAUGGAGUGGCACGCAAACAACGCGCCAGGAUGUCCCGAACUGGAUUGCUUUCCUGUUGUAAUACCUGCUGGGGAAGGGAUUUGUGUUUGGGCAAUGUUACUGCUUACCAGGUGUAUUGGGGAGAGAGUGAGGGCUCUGAACAAGGGGGGUCCUGGGGCUGGCAUUGGGCAGUGAGAGUGUCCUGAGCUGGCAGGAGGGUCCAUGUCAGUCCAUUCAAUGCCACAAGGUGCUGCGUCCUGGCUUUGAUGACAUGCAUCUGCUUUAGUGACAGAUCCCAGUUCUGCCCCAUUCCUUCGAGAAAACAAAAUACAGGCUUGCGAGCUUCUCUAGCUCUUGUGUUCUUUUCUCAGAGUGCUACUUUUGUCAAGAACUGUUUUGUUGUUCAUGCAUAAAAAUCUGCUGUGGGCAGUCUGCACAGUGGAAGAAGCACCUGGUUCGUAUGGAAUUGGGUAACAGCUAUAUACCAAAGUUUUGCACGGCUCCGCGUGUUGAGACGAGAUGCUGCGCCGUUGUUUUUUUUGGAGACGUCCUCAUUGAAUAUCCAUGCUUUGACCAGAUGUUACAAGCCUACUGCUGAGCCGGCGAUGCUAUGAAUAUGCAUGGCAUGGUGGCUGUCCCCCCUCACUGCGAUGUGCCACUGUGGUUGGAGGGGCUCCCACGCAUCCUGCUGGCCAAUGGCACCAUGUGGUCCCCCAGGGCUUGGGGUGGCUCAGGGUCCAUGCGCUCAGUCCUGUGCGGUGCUCUUGGGAUCGGCUCUUGGUUGGCCAUCGCCUGCUGCGCUCUGCGAUCGCUCUGUCUCCGCCGCUUGACUUUCCUGCUUGGAAAUGAGAUUCUGUAGGUGCUGUUGGUGUGCAGAUUGGAAAAUGCAAACGAUGUGCUGAAAGCAGCCCGGAGGCUAAAAUAUGUAUUCCUGGCAGCUGUGCCACCCUCGGUGCUCGUGGAGCCUUUGUAGGCAGCGGGCAGACGCCGUUCCCAGCGCGGCGCUGGGGCGGCCGCAGCCAUCUCAGGCCUCCGCCGCUGUGAUUGCUGUUCUGCACUUACUGGAAACUUCAAACAUGAUUUAAACAUGAAGGUCUAUUCUCGCACCCUAUUAAUUAUGCAUCCGUAUGUAAUUCUAAAGAAAAAAGGGAAAACUGUAAGUCUAUAUCUGUUUUUAUGCUGGUUUCUCUCAUGGGGAUUAUACUUCGCGUGCCGACAAUUUGCCUUUGGUUUGCUCGCAGACUUAGAGGUGGAAUUCAGGCCACUUAGGUCAUUGGUUUGGAUCAAUUCAAUAAACCUGUUUAAGUUUUUGCACAAAACAAAAUGUGUCCUCGGCUUUGAACUUGGCUGUUUCCUGAAGCAAAGCGUGUCCUUCCAUCUCGCCCACAACGUGCACCUUUGAGCAGAGUGCAGGGGCCAAGUCCACGGUGUCCUGGAGCAAACCUUUGUACGGGCUUUGUCCUUGGGCUGGGCAGAGUUCUGCAAAAGGAGAAUGCAGCGAGGCCACCUCGUCCUUCAGUACUUGCUUUUCUGGAGGUUGAACAGGAGAAGAAAGUGUUAUCUUGGAAAUAAAUAAAGAGUGGUUUGCUCUGCUCCGAUGCGCUCAGCUCUGCAGGAUGGGCGCAUCCCCUGGCAAAAGAAAAUAGCUUAGAAGAGAAAGUCUUCCCCCAAAGAGGCAGUGAAACCUCAUCAAACUUAAUCAGUGUAGACUUGCCCUGUAGAACAGGACCGGAAUAUUAAACUGCAGGAGGAGCAGAGGGAAACAUGUUUUCACCAGUUUUCUCUGUCUUACAAACAGGAUGAGAAGAGUCAAUUGAUUUUUUUUUUUCCCUCUGCUGCUAACUCUAGAAAUGGAAGGGAAGGGAAGGGAAGGGAAGGGAAGGGAAGAGUCGGGGUGCAUGGAGCUACAGGGUGAGAAUCUUCCAUGGGAAUAUCAGAGCCUUAAAAGCCCCCUACUCUACUGAAGGCAGUGGAGGGGGGAGGAGGGGAUCCAGCACAAACCUCCCUGUGUGCCCCAUCAGCUGUGCAGCCCCACAUAGAUCCUGGCUGUGUGGGGAUACCGGUGCUGAGGCCCCCAGCAGUCCCCUGCUGACGUUCCCCCAUCAACUCCAGUAAAACCCAACUCUGUCCCUGCAUGGUGAGUGGGAAUGGGAGCAGCAGGACAUGGUCUCCAGCAGACAUGGAGAAGUGUGUAUUGCUGGGUAAGGCUUUCCUCUCCCACCUGUAACAGCAGAGGUAAGUCGAGAUGCAGAAACUAGAACAAGUUUUGGAUGGAAAAGUAACUGCAUUGAAGCCUUGGGGCGCUGCCUUUGAAAGGUGCUUUAAGCCUCACACUGUUAAUGCUAAUCCUGUAACACUAUAUAGAUGGCUUUUUUUUCUGCACUUACACAAAGGAGGAAGGGGCUCGAUUCUUUGAGGCUGGUAUUUUUUUUCUUCCCUUCAGCAAAAAGCAAUGCUGAGCAGAGCGGCUGUGGGCAGCUGACAUCACCCCCGAACCCAGCGAGGGGCGAGUGCUGGGAAGGAAGGGGCUUCUCCCCAUCUCCGGGCCCGAAUCCAAUCUCAGAUUAGUGUUCUGUUAUCAACAGAGGCACCGGGAUUGCAACCCUACACUCCUCCAGCCCUGAACCAGCAUUGGAGAGAUUGCACUUUCAGUUGGGAGAGCACCAGGACGGGGACAUCGCUGCACUCGUCAGCGAGAGUUGGCCAAGGGCACCGGCAUGCGCUCUGCACUGACACAGGAGUGCUGUCCUACCUGAGCUGGGCUACAGGUUCACACCACGUUGCUCCUGACGUCUACGAAGCAGGAUGAACACACGAUCGUUGCUCAGUGCCUGGGCAGCCCUGUUGGUGGUAACCGUGCGGCACCGAGCUCACGCCAUGGCAAGUCUGUACCCAUUUUGGCCAAACGACACAAAAACUCCCAAAGUGGAUGAUGGGAGCUCUCCUGAGAUCAAGCUCUCUGUUCCGUUCAUCUUCUUUGGAGCCCCAUACAGGACGGUUUAUGUGAACAACAACGGUGUGAUCUCCUUCAACUCGCUGGUCAGCCAGUUCACACCUGAAGCCUUCCCACUGGCCGAUGGCCGGGCCUUCGUUGCGCCCUUCUGGGCCGACGUGCACAAUGGCAUCCGUGGGGAGAUCUACUACCGCGAGAGCACCAACCCUGAGCUGCUGGGCAGAGCCUCCAAGGACAUCCGCAAGUACUUCAAGGACAUGGCGUCCUUCUCUGCCAGCUGGGUCUUCAUCGUCACCUGGGAGGAGGUGACGUUCUACGGGGGGAGCAGCACGACACCGGUGAACACAUUUCAAGCUGUUCUCAUCACCGAUGGGGUGUCAUCCUUUGCCAUAUUUAACUACCAAGAGAUCAGCUGGACCACGGGGACGGCCAGUGGAGGGGACCCCCUGACCGGGCUCGGUGGGGUGAUGGCCCAGGCUGGCUUCAAUGGUGGAAAUAUCAGCAACUUCUUCAGCAUCCCAGGCUCCAGAACCCCAGACAUAGUCAAUAUAGAGCAAACAACCAACGUGAACAUCCCAGGGCGCUGGGCUUUCAAAAUAGAUGGCAGAGAAAUAGAUCCAGCCAACGGCUGCAGCCUGAGAGGGCAGUUUCUCCAUCAAGGGGAGAUCUUCUGGGAGAACUCAAACUGCAGCACCAAGUGCCGCUGCCUGGACUUCAACAAUGAGAUCUUCUGCCAGGAGAUGGCUUGCGGCCCGUUCGAAGCAUGCGAGCCGAAGAUCAAGUUCUUCCAGUGCGUGCCUGUGGAGAGCAGCACCUGCGUGGUGUUCGGAGAUCCACACUACCACACCUUCGAUGGCUUCCUCUUUCACUUCCAGGGUUCCUGCUCCUACCUCCUCGCCAGGCAGUGCUGGCCAGGCUCCCAGCUGCCCUACUUCAACGUGGAGGCCAAGAAUGAGAACCGAGGCGGCUCCUCCGUCUCCUGGCUGAGGGACAUUUUUGUGGAGGUCUACUCGCACAAGAUUGUCCUCCCAAAGGGCGGCUUUGGGAAAGCCAAGGUGGAUGACUUGGUGGUGUCCUUACCCAUCUCCUUGGAGCUGGGUGCAAUCAAAGUCUACCAAAGCGGUUUGUCCACAGCCCUGGAGACUGAUUUUGGCCUGCUAGUGACUUACGAUGGCCAACACUACGCCUCCGUCUCCGUUCCUGGCACGUACAUCAAUGGCACGUGUGGUCUGUGCGGGAAUUACAACAAAGACCCCGAGGACGAUGCGCUGCGCUCGGAUGGCAGGUUGGCUUCCUCCGUGCCAGAACUGGGCGAGAGCUGGCGAGUGCCGCACCCCGAGAGGAAGUGCUCCCCUGGCUGUGUGGAGAACUGCAGCGUCUGCGAUGCCUCCACCGAAUCCCUCUAUUUCUCCCCCGAAUAUUGUGGCUUCCUCAACAAGAGUGGCGGGCCGCUGUGGGAGUGUGGCUCCGUCGUGGACCCCACUGCCUUCGUACAUAGCUGUGUCUAUGACCUGUGCAGCGCUCGGGAGAACGGCACCGGGCUGUGCCAAGCCAUCCAGGCGUACGCUGCGGUGUGCCAAGGCCUGGGCAUCCCGGUGGGAGAAUGGCGUGCCCAGACGGGAUGCGAGGCGGCCGUGCAGUGCCCGGAGCACAGCCACUACUCAGUGUGCGCCAGCGGCUGCCCUGCCACAUGCUCAGACCUGACAGCCCCACUGCGCUGCACUGCACCCUGCGCCGAGGGCUGUGAGUGUGACGAUGGCCAUGUGCUGAGCGCCGACCGCUGCAUCCCUGUGCAGAAGUGCGGCUGUGAUGUGGACGGACGGUACUACGCCGUCGGAGAGGUGUUCUGGGCAACAGCGGACUGCACAGCAGAGUGCCAGUGCGAGGACGGUGGGGAGGCCAAGUGCUUCAACACCAGCUGCCCCGAAGGAGAGGUCUGCACCAUUGAGGAUGGCUACCGGGGCUGCUACCCAAAGCGGGAGGGCCUGUGCUCGGUGGGACAGAACCAGGUGCUGCGGACGUUUGAUGGUGUCACCUUCCCCUACCCGCUGGAGCACUCUUACACACUGCUCAAAACAUGCAUGGAGAAGCCUGACUUCAUUGAGGUGGACAUCAGUCAGAAGAAGCCGGGAUACGCUCCCAAUGGGCUGCGCGUCAUGCGGAUCCAGGUGGUUGGCCAAGAGGUGAAGGUUGGAGGAGCCAGCCUGUCAGAGGUCAAGGUGAAUGGCUAUGAUGUGGACCUGCCAUAUUUCCACCCUUCUGGCCACCUGGAGAUCUACCGCACUGACAACGGCACUGUGACGGAGUCAGAGGGACUCCUGAGCAUUGGCUACUAUGAUUCAGGCCUCUUAGAGAUCCGCCUCUCCACCGCCUACUUCAACUGCACGGGGGGCCUGUGUGGCUUCUUCAAUGGCAAUGACAGUGACGAGUUCUGCACGCCCAAGGGCAAGUGCACAGACAACCUGGAGCUCUUCCUGGAGAGCUGGACAACGUUCGAUGAGAUCUGCAACGGGGAGUGUGGGGACCUCCUCAAGGCAUGCAACAAUGACUCGGAGCUGCUCAAGACUUACCGGAGCCGCUCCAACUGCGGCAUCAUCAAUGACCCCACCAACAGCUCCUUCCUGGAGUGCCACAACGUGGUCAACGUCUCGGCCUACUACAGAACAUGCCUCUUCCGCCUGUGCCAGAGUGGAGGCAACCAGUCAGAGCUGUGCGAUGCAGUGGCACGCUAUGCCAGUGCCUGCAAGAACGCCGAGGUGGACGUUGGCCAGUGGAGGAGCCACAGCUUUUGCCCCCUGGCAUGCCCAGAAAACAGCCAUUUUGAGGAGUGCAUGAGCUGCGUGGAGACCUGUGAGACUCUGGCCACGGGCCCUGUCUGCAUGGACACCUGCACAGAGGGCUGCCAGUGUGAUGAGGGCUUUGCCCUGCGCGGCUCCCACUGUGUGCCCCGUGGCGAGUGCGGCUGCAACUUUGAGGGCCGCCAGCUGGCCACCAACCAGACCUUCUGGAUGGACAUCUCCUGCCACUUCCUCUGCUACUGCAAUGGCUCAGACAACAGUGUGUACUGCGAGAACGUCUCCUGCAAGGAUGAUGAGUACUGCCUAGAAGAGAACGGCCUCUACUACUGCCACGUCCGCACUGAUGCCUCCUGCAUCGUCUCUGGCUACGGGCACUACCUGACAUUCGAUGGCUUCUCAUUCGACUUCCAGAGCAGCUGUGCCCUGGUGCUGUGCACCACCAUCUCACGGCCGCGUGCGGAGCGGUCAGACACCUUCCCCACGUUCACUGUCACGGCCAAGAACGAGGAUCGUGACACCUCCCUGGCCCUGUGGGUGAAGCAAGUGGAAGUGGAGGUCUUCAACUACAACAUUGUUAUCCAUCGCGCCUACAAAUACACUGUGAUGAUCAACAACGAACGGCUCUACCUACCCCUGAAGUUGGGCCAGGGCAAGGUGAACAUCUUCGCCUUCGGUUUCCACAUCGUGGUGGAGACCGACUUUGGGCUGAAGGUGGUGUACGACUGGAAGACCUUCCUGUCCGUCACCAUCCCACGCAGCUUCCAGAACCUGACCUACGGCCUCUGCGGCCGCUACAACGGCAACCCCGACGAUGACCUGGUGGCCGCGGGUGGCAUGCCGGCCUUUGGCGUCACCGACUUCGUGCAGAGCUGGGCCAAGCGGGACACCUUCUGUCGGGUGGGCUGCGGCGACCGCUGCCCAGCCUGCGGCAAAGUGGAAGGCUUCUGGAAACCCCAGCAGCUCUGCAGCCUCAUUCCCAGCCAAAGCGGUGUCUUCGCCAAGUGCCACAGCAAGAUCAACCCCAGCUAUUUCUACAAGAACUGCCUCUUUGACACGUGCGUUGACGGGGGAGCCAUGCAGACGGCCUGCGGCUGGCUGCAGAACUAUGCCAGCACAUGCCAGACGCAGGGCAUCGCCAUCAUCGGCUGGAGGAACUUCACCUCGUGCUCUGUCAGCUGUCCCCCUAACAGCCACUAUGAGAGCUGUGUGUCCCUGUGCCAGCCCCGCUGUGCUGCCAUCCGCCUGAAGAGCGACUGCGGCCACUACUGCGUGGAGGGCUGCCAGUGUGACCCCGGCUACGUGCUGAAUGGCAAGAGCUGCAUCCUGCCCCAGAACUGCGGCUGCUACUCUGAUGGCAAAUACUACGAGCCCAAGCAGCUCUUUUGGAACGGGGACUGCACGCGGCGCUGCCGCUGCUUCCGGCGCAACCUGAUCCAGUGCGACCCGCGGCACUGCAAGUCGGACGAGGAGUGCGCCUCACGCAACGGCGUGCGCGGCUGCUUCAGCACACGCAGCUCCUUCUGCCUGGCAGCGGGCGGCGGAGUCUUCCGCACCUUCGACGGCGCCUUCCUCCGCUUCCCCGCCAACUGUGCCUUCGUGCUGUCCACCAUCUGCCAGAAGCUGCCCGACUUCUCCUUCCAGCUCAUCAUCAACUUCGACAAGUGGUCCUCGCCCAACCUCACCAUCAUCUCCCCCGUGUACUUCUACAUCAACGAGGAGCAGAUCCUCAUCAGUGACAGGAGUACGGUCAAGGUGAAUGGCAGCCUUGUGAGCAUCCCCUUCGUCACGGGGCUCUCCACCAAGAUCUACAGCCAGGAGGGCUUCCUGGUGAUCGACUCCGGCCCGGACAUCCAGAUCCGCUACAACGGCUUCAACGUCAUCAAGAUCACCAUCGGCGACCGGCUGCAGAACAAGGUGUGCGGGCUGUGCGGCAACUUCAACGGCGACCCGGCGGAUGACUACGCGACGCUGCGGGGCAAACCGGUGGUCAGCAGCGUGGUGCUGGCACAGAGCUGGAAGACCAACGGCAUGCAGAAGAGCUGCAACGAGCUGCAGUACUCCCAGUACGCCGCGUCCUGCGACAACGUCCAGAUCCAGAAGCUGCAGAGUGACAGCUACUGCCUGAAGCUGACAGACAUGAAGGGCUUCUUCCAGCCCUGCUACGGCCUCCUGGACCCUCUGCCCUUCUAUGAGUCCUGCUUCCUGGACGGCUGCUACAACCGCAAGCAGGUGCAGCUGUGUGGCUCACUGGCCGCCUAUGGUGAGGCGUGCCGUACUUUUGGCAUCCUGGGCACCGAGUGGAUUGAGAAGGAGAAUUGCUGAGUGGUGGAGGACCCCUGUGCAGGCGCCGACUGCCCCAACCGGACCUGCGAGCUGGAUGAUGGCGGGGAGCUGUGUGGCUGCAUUGAGCCCCCACCCUAUGGCAACAGUGAGC